AUGUCCGCGACGCUGGCGGAUCCGUAUCGAGACUAUACGAUUGACUAUGCUCAACAUGCGGCUAGCUGCAAACCCGAAGAACAUGAGAGCACACUUGUCUACCAUCAGAACCAGCCACAUCUUCAGCAUCCCAAACGGACCGACCCGACAUUCUCUCAAGGGAGCUCCCACAGCACGGCAUUUGAGCAACACCAUGCAAACGCGACCGUUCUCCCACCCGCAAACCACCAGCCGACAGUGCAUGAUAUCACCCAGACAGUCGUCCUCACCCCAGCCCAGAUGCUUCCCCGACAACUCCCCGUGCAGUAUUCCUCAGCCAACUUCGACCUCUCUGUCCCGCGCGGCAAGAAGCGACACCAUUCGGAGGCAGAGACCGGCGACAGCGGUGCCGGCUCCGACCACCACUCGAUCAGACCACAGCUGCCCGUCCUUGCUCCCGAGACACAUUCAGACGCCGGCCACUCCUCGGAGAUGCUCUUCUCAGUCCAUGGAGACUCAUCACAGCACCAGAUGCAAGGCCACGAGUUCGCGCACCCGGACUCGAUGGCCCUCCCGCAGCAUCAUCACCAUCACCGUCUCCCACCCCACGCGUCGCUGCGGGAUAGCCAGCACCAUGGUAUGAAUGUCGAAUCAUCUCCUCUGCCCGCGGGGCCACCGAGUGUCGUGGGCCAGCCGGGGAUGCCGGACCCGGCGCCUCGGCCUCGAGGACCCAAACUGAAGUUUACGCCUGAGGAAGAUGCGCUCCUGGUAGAGCUUAAGGAAAACAAAAACCUGACAUGGAAACAAAUCGCCGACUUUUUCCCCGGACGGACGAGUGGGACGUUACAGGUACAACGAUUGCAGCGCGCCAUCCAGGAAUAUGAGAAUGACCGGUGGCGGAUCAUCGCGGGAAAGGUUGGCAAUGGGUUCACACCGGCCGCAUGCCGGGAAAAGGCUAGCCAGCUUUGA